CCUGAUAUAUAAGAAUAACAAAACUACAAGGGUUACUUUUAGAACUAAGAAAAUUGUUAUUAUCCUUAUCUAAAAAAAACCCAGAUAUUUGCACACUAGUCUAAAAACCAUCGCCGGUGGGCAAGAAGAUGUCGUUAUCAGCAGCAGCGCCGCCGUCAUCGUCUCUGUCAUUCUCAUCUUCACUACUCUCAUCCAACAACCACCGUCCUCUCCGACGCGACAACCACCGCCGCAUAAUAAUAAUAAAUACACCAAUAAGAUGUGCAAUGAGGUCAGUAGCAGAACCAAAAAAGAAGAAAUUAUGGAAACAAGGGGAGUACCCUGGUGACGUGUCAGUAAAUGAAAGGAACAAUAAUAAAAGAAGAAGUCCGAUUAAAAAUAUUAAAAAGAAAAUGGACCGUAGAGAUAAUUUGAAUCCGUGGGUUAGUACUGUUACUGAAGCUUUGUCUGACUCCAUUGAAACCAAAAACUGGUUACGUGCCUUACAGGUUUUUGAGAUGCUGAAGGAACAGCCAUUUUACCAACCAAAGCCAGGAACGUAUAUGAAACUCAUUGUUCUACUCGGGAGGUCUGGACAACCCCAGCAUGCUCGAAACCUUUUUAAUAUGAUGAUUGAAGAGGGACUGGAACCCACUGCCGAACUAUAUACUGCAUUGCUGGCUGCGUACUGCAGAAGUAAUAUCAUUGAUGAGGCAUUUAAAAUACUUGACCAGAUGAAGAGCAUCCCUUUAUGCCAACCAGAUGUAUAUACGUAUAGUAUUCUGAUCAAAGCUUGUGUAGAUGCUGCUCGAUUUGAUCUGGUUGAAAACCUAUAUGAACAAAUGGCUGAAAGGUCAAUAACUCCAAAUACAGUCACCCAAAAUACAGUACUUGCUGGAUAUGGGAAGGCUGGGAAGUUUGAUCUAAUGGAAAAAGUGCUUCUUGGAAUGCUUGAUAGCAGUUCUUCCAAACCAGACGUAUGGACGAUGAACACGAUUCUUGGCUUAUUUGGCAACAUGGGUCAGGUUGAAACUAUGGAACGUUGGUAUGAAAAGUUUAGAAAUUUUGGAAUUGAGCCGGAAACGAGAACAUUCAACAUUUUAAUUGGUGCAUAUGGAAAGAAAAAGCUGUAUGAUAAAAUGUCAACAGUUAUGGAGUACAUGAGAAAGCUCUCAUUUCCAUGGACGACAUCCACCUACAAUAAUGUAAUUGAGGCAUUUUCGGAUGUGGGGGAUACAAAAAACAUGGAGUACACCUUUGAUCAAAUGAGAGCAGAGGGUAUGAGAGCGGAUACCAAGACGUUUUGUUGCUUGAUAAGAGGGUAUGCAAAUGGAGGUCUUUUUCAUAAGGUAAUAAGUAUGGUGGAAUUAGCAGGGAAACUGGAGAUCCCGGAGAACACGUCCUUUCAUAAUGCAGUACUUUAUGCUUGCGCAAAGGCAGAUGAUUUGUUGGAAAUGGAGAGAGUUUACAAGAGAAUGAAGGAUAAGCAAUGUAAGCCUGAUGAAACAACCUUUUUCAUUAUGGUGGAAGCUUAUAAAAAGGAAGACAUGAACGACAAGGUCUACGAUUUGGAACAAGAAAAAGAAAUGGUGUUAAAUCCCAAUCGAGGGUUGGUUGUUUAGUCCAAGUUUAAUCAGCAACCGAGAGUUUGUCUAAAUGAUUUUGGUAGGAGAAAAACUAUUCUGAGAAAUGAAAUGAAGGGCCAAGACAGGUUAAAAAGAUGAACAGGUAUCUAUGGCGGUACUUAAAACCCAUGGGCAAUUGGUAUGAUUCGAAGCACCAAAAGAUGAGUAUUUAUCUGUAACUUUCAGGUAGACUACAUGUUCGAUAGUAGAGCUAUGUGUUUUUUUAUGUAAAUAGUACGAGUUUUUUUUUUUUCUCUUAUCAGAGCUAUUUAUCUUUUUUAUAACAUGUGAGCCUGUUUACAUCUUAAUCUAGUGAUUAAGACGAGUCUUUGUUGUCGGAUCAGAUGUUUUAGCUGAAUGACUGCCUACGAUUAACCUUUUUCUUUAUAAUAGUUUGAAGAUAGAAUCUGAGUAUUAUCUUAAUCUUUUGGAA